AUUUGUUCAUCUACCUUUUCUCCCGGCGUUUUGCUUAUAUCCUUUCGUGGGCGUUGGAGCUUUAUUAUUAAAAAAAUCAAUGGAUCCUUCAAUUUUCAAGCUCCUCGAAGAAGACGAGGAUGAAUCGAUGCAUUCGGGAGCUGAUGUAGACGCCUUCCAGGCCGCUCUUAAUCGAGAUAUUGAAGGUUCCGCUUCACUCCCCACUGUGCAAGGCAACAGCCAGUCUCCCACUGAACAGUUUACCACAUGGACUAAUGGUAUCCGAGAUUCUACUAUCAAUCUCCAUACCCAGAUGAAGGAGCAACUACAAGGAUCACGUGUAGAAAAUCAACACCAACGCGCAGAUGAAUCUCAUUCGCAAGACCUCCUCCACCAAGCAGGUCAGCGCUGGGAGAAUCCUUCACAGGUGCCCCACCCAACGGAAAAGAAUCUUACUGGUAAUCAAGUGAGUGAAUCUCAGUAUUCAAAGCUGCAAAAGAUGAGUAGCCAACAAGCUCGCGGUGUGGAACAGCCUGUUAACCCUAUCAACCGCAACCCUAAGCAAGUUCCAUUUGCUGCUUUGCUUCCUACCUUAAUAUCCCAACUCGAUAAAGACAGAGCUAUGCAGCUCCGUACCCUUUAUUCUAGACUUAAAAAAAAUGAAAUCCCCAAAGAGGGGUUCACACGACAUGUGAAGGAGAUUGUAGGUGAUCAGAUGCUUAGGAUGGCAGUUAGUAAACUACAGCAGGUGGGUUUAAACCAGGGAAAAAUGGGAAUUCAAGCUCCUACUGAAAUCAAUAAUAAAAAAUCUGAGUCUGAUCCUCGUGGAGUCGUCCUCCUUAACCAACUUCCGCCGUCAACAGGCAGUUCAGUUCCUGUGCAGGGAUUUACAAAUCAUCCUCAGCAUAACCAGAUGCAGCGCCCACCAAGUUCGUUUCCUAUGUAUACCAGCUCUGGUAGUUUUCACUCAUUCCCGGGUCCAAGCACCAAUGUUUCUGGUUCCUCGUUGAGACCACACCUUCAUGAUUCCCAUAUGAGACAUGUGGCACUUAACCAGGCCGUGGGAUCAACUGGUCUUGGAGCACCUUCCCAGUCUACCACAAACAUGAUGACUGCGCCCAAGUUUGAGAGACCAGCUUCUGUAAAUGAUCCUAGUAGGGUUCAAGGCGGCGCUACUUCACACUUCCAGAACAGCUCAUCGUUGCCUCUAAAUUCUGUACCUAGUCAAGGAUCAUCACUGUCCCAUGUGAAGCAAGAAUCAGUUGAACAAAGUUUUGAACAGAAUAAGGCAGCCCCAGGGACUUCGAAGGAGGAUUUAGAGAAGGAGUCCUGUAGAAUGGUUUUAUCCGCACCUAGCAAUAUUGACGCUAACACAUCAAUGAAUGCUCGUGGUCCGUUGGGUACGUCACAAGCAGGAUUUAAUGCUAGGAUGCCACCCAAAAAGCCAACUGUCGGUCAGAAGAAACCACUGGAGACAUUAGGUUCUUCACCGCCACCACCAAGCAAGAAGCAAAAAGUGGUGCAGAAUUCUAUGGAUCAAAGUAUCGAACAGCUCAAUGAUGUCACUGCAGUCAGUGGUGUCAAUCUCAGGGAAGAGGAAGAACAAUUAUUUUCCGGGGGCAAGGAGGAUAGUCGUGUUUCUGAAGCAUCUCGUAGAGUUGUGCACGAAGAGGAAGAAAGAUUAAUUUUGCAGAAAAGUCCACUGCAUAAAAUGCUGGCAGAAAUAAUGGCGAAAGUUGGGCUAAAGCAAAUAAGCAAUGAUGUUGAACGGUGCUUGUCUUUGUGUGUGGAGGAAAGGAUGCGAGGACUAUUAUCUCAUAUCAUUCGGUUGUCAAAGCAGCGGGUUGAUACUGAGAAAUCUAGACACCGGACCUUUAUCACGUCUGAUAUUCGGCUACAAAUCAACGAAAUGAACCACAAAAUGAAAGAGGAAUGGGAAAAGAAACAGGCUGAAGCAGAAAAACUUAAGAAAUCAAGCGAGAGUGAAGAAGGUGAUGGUGGAGUGGAUAGUGAGAAGGAGAAAGAAGACAACCGUUCAAAGGGUUUGAAGGGAAAUAAAGAGGACGACGACAAAAUGAGAGCGACAGCAGCAAACGUUGCUGCUCGUGCUGCUGUAGGAGGAGAUGACACGUUUUUGAAAUGGCAACUAAUGGCAGAAGCUCGUCAGAAGUCUGUAUCCGAAACUGGAAAAGACGGGAAUCAGAAAACUACUUCAGGUGGAGGAAGAAACUCCAAGGAGAGACAAGAUGGUGGACGUCGGUUUUCUGGACCUGGUGGUCGAAGAUUAGGGAAGAACCAAGGUCCAUCGCUUCAACCAAAAGUGGUGAGGACAAUCUCGGUGAAGGAUGUGGUUGCUGUCCUAGAAAGGGAGCCUCAGAUGUCUAAAUCCACUCUAAUGUAUCGAUUAAUUCAAUAGAAACGCUUCACUGUCUCAGAAUCAAAUAUUAUUUGGUGAUUACAUGUAUUUCGAUUAGGCAGACAUUACACUUAUGGCCAUGAAAGCGAACCAUAUUGAUGUAGAAAUCAAGUGGAAUGACUAAAAAUGCAAAGAGAAAGAAGAAA